GGUGGCAGGUCGCGAAAAAUUAGUAACUCUUUCCCAAAAUCUCUCUCUCUGGAAAUUAAGUUGUGUUGAUCCACCCUCGAUACCAACAUGGGUGACAUGUUCCGCAGCGAACAGAUGGCCCUGUGCCAGCUGUUCAUCCAGCCGGAGGCAGCCUAUGCCUCCAUUGCCGAGCUGGGCGAGAGUGGAUGCGUCCAGUUUCGUGAUCUAAAUGAAGAGGUCAGUGCCUUCCAGCGGAAGUACGUUAACGAAGUGCGAAGAUGCGAUGAUAUGGAGCGUCGCCUUCGGUACAUGGAGUCCGAGAUGAAGAAGGAUGAGUUGCAGUUGCCCGAACUGAAACCGGAGGAAGAGCCGAAUGCUCCGAACCCCGAAAUUGUGGAUCUGGAAGCUCAGCUGGAGAAGACCGAUAAUGAGCUACGUGAACUCUCCGCCAAUGGAGCCAGUCUGAAUGCCAACUUCCGGCACAUGCAGGAACUCAAGAACGUGCUGGAGAACACCGAGGGCUUCUUCUCCGACCAGGAAGUCAUCAACCUGGACUCUAAUCGCAUGGUGGACCCCAAUGAUCCAGCCCAGGCAGGAGCCCAACGUGGUCAGCUGGCUUUUGUGGCCGGUGUGAUUAUGGAAAGAUUCUUCAGCUUCGAGCGCAUGUUAUGGCGUAUAUCCAGGGGAAAUAUCUUCCUGCGAAGGGCCGACAUUGAUGGUCUGGUGGAGGAUGAGGAGACUGGACGUCCGGUACUGAAGACCGUCUUUGUGGCCUUCUUCCAGGGCGAACAACUGAAGCAGAGGAUCAAGAAGGUCUGCACUGGAUACCAUGCCUCUGUCUAUCCCUGUCCCAGCUCUCAUGCCGAGCGAGCGGAGAUGAUCAAGGAUGUGAAUGUGCGUCUGGAGGAUCUCAAGUUGGUCCUUAGCCAGAGUGCUGAUCAUCGCAGUCGGGUGCUUAACUCCGCCUCGAAGCACAUGGCACGUUGGUCGAUCAUGGUGCGUAAGAUGAAGGCCAUCUAUCAUCUAAACUACUUCAAUCCGGAUGUGACGGGCAAGUGUCUGAUUGGCGAAGGUUGGGUGCCCACCAACGAUAUUCAGACGGUGCAGAAUGCCCUGGCCCGUGCCUCCAAGAUCUCGGAGAGCUCCAUUCCGGCCUUCAUGAAUGUCAUCGAGACGAAUGAACAGCCGCCGACUUAUACGCGAACCAAUAAGUUCACCAGUGGCUUCCAGAACCUGGAUUCGUAUGGCAUGGCCUCUUACCGGGAGGUGAAUCCCGCUCUAUAUGCCUGCAUCACGUUCCCCUUCCUUGCCGUGAUGUUUGGUGAUUUGGGACACGGCAUAAUCCUGCUGCUCUUUGGCUGGCUGAUCAUCAAGGAGAAGCAAUUGGCUACGAUUAAGGAGGAAAUCUUUAAUAUAUUCUUCGGGGGCCGCUACAUCAUUCUCAUGGGCCUCUUCUCCAUUUACACGGGCUUCAUCUACAACGAUGUGUUCUCCAAGUCGAUGAAUAUCUUCGGUUCCGGUUGGCACAUGAACUAUAGGGCCGAAAUCGAGGAUCCUACCUUGAAGUCCAUAACCCUUAGGCCAAACGAUACGGUUUACAAGACCUAUCCCCUUGGCGUGGAUCCCAUUUGGCAGCUGGCCGACAAUAAGAUCAUUUUCCUCAACACUUUUAAGAUGAAGCUCUCGAUUAUUGUGGGAGUGCUGCACAUGAUCUUCGGCGUCUCCAUGUCGGUGGUUAACUUUGUUUACUACCGCAAGUACGCCAGCAUCUUCCUGGAGUUCCUACCGCAGGUUCUCUUCCUUCUCCUGCUCUUCGGCUACAUGGUCUUCAUGAUGUUCUUCAAGUUUAUUGUAUACAAUGACACUGUCGAAGGACCUCUCUCGCCGGCAUGCGCACCCUCUAUUCUGAUCCUGUUCAUUAACAUGAUGCUCCAAGGCUCACAGGACACGCCCGAACCCUGCAAGGAGUUUAUGUUUGAUGGCCAGAAGCAACUGCAGCAGGUCUUUGUCAUCAUUGCCAUCAUUUGUAUUCCCUGGAUGCUCCUGGGUAAACCAUUAUACAUCAUGAUGCAGCGCAAAGCGAAAGGAGCUCCGCCACCAAAGCCAUCGGGCGGAGGCGGAGGCGGUGGUGGUCAUGGUGAGGAUGAGCCCAUGAGCGAGAUCUUCAUCCACCAGGCGAUCCACACCAUUGAGUAUGUGCUAAGUACGGUUUCGCACACGGCCUCCUACCUUCGAUUGUGGGCCUUGUCCCUGGCCCACGCACAGCUCUCCGAAGUGCUGUACAUGGUGUUUUCCAUGGGCUUCAAAUUCGACAACUACAUCGGCAGCGCCCUCAUCUAUAUAUUCUUUGGGGCUGGGCAGCUCACUGUUGGCAUCCUGGUGCUCAUCGAAGGACUCUCGGCCUUCCUUCACACACUGCGCUUGCACUGGGUGGAGUUCAUGAGCAAGUUCUACGAGGGCGCUGGUUACGCCUUUGAACCCUUCGCCUUUAAGACCAUACUGGAUGUCAGCGAGGAUGACUGAGGGAGGAUAAGGAUAGUAAGAAUGAGAAUGCGCAGGACGCACUUCCCCGAAAAAGCAUUUUCCGUUCAUAUUAUUCAUUUUUUUUGGUUUACGGAAAAAAUAAAUUUCGU